ACCAAUAUCAAUAAAUUUAUAAAGCUAGAUUGGGUAAGUAGUAUGAUUUUGAAUAGUUUUGGAUUUGUGUGUCCAUCCUUCAAGAGAGCCAACCAGCUAUUUGGCUGGAUCAAUGUAUUACCAAGUGGCCUAGAGUGGCAAUUAACAAUACUCGAGUUUACCAACUACACAACUGAAAGGCUGAUUGAGCUUAGUAUCUGGUGUGAUGGCCUUGAAGUUGUCAAAGAUCUUUUUGCAAACCCAAUAUUUUCUAACCAUAUGAUGUAUGAUCCU